GUGGCCGACGGUGUGCGACGAACAUGGCGGAGCGCGUGAAGAAGCGGCCCUGCGGCCCGGGUGAACAUGGCCAAAGAGUCGAGUGGCGAAAAUGGAAGCAGCAGAAGAAAGAGGAGAAAAAGAAGUGGAAGGAUCUCAAGCUGAUGAAAAAACUGGAGCGGCAGCGGGCACAGGAGGAGCAGGCAAAGCUCCAGCGGGAAGAAGAGGCAGCUGCACAGAGGGAGGACCAGGGUCGGCCCUACACCCUGAGCGUGGCCCUGCCAGGCUCUAUCCUGGACAAUGCCCAGUCACCAGAGCUUCGCACCUACCUGGCUGGCCAGAUCGCCAGAGCCUGCACCAUCUUCUGUGUGGAUGAGAUUGUAGUGUUCGAUGAAGAAGGCCAGGAUGCCAAGACCGUGGAGGGAGAAUUCAGGGGAGUUGGCAAGAAAGGGCAGGCAUGCGUGCAGCUUGCUCGGAUCCUGCAGUACCUGGAGUGUCCACAGUACCUAAGAAAGGCGUUCUUCCCCAAGCACCAGGAUCUCCAGUUUGCAGGGCUUCUGAACCCCUUGGACAGCCCUCACCACAUGCGUCAGGAUGAGGAGUCCGAGUUCAGAGAAGGCAUCGUGGUGGACCGGCCCACCCGGCCAGGCCAUGGGUCCUUUGUCAACUGUGGCAUGAAGAAGGAGGUGAAGAUUGACAAGAACUUGGAGCCUGGACUUCGAGUGACGGUCCAGCUGAACCAGAAACAGCUCCCAGAAAGCAAGACCUACCGGGGAAAAGUUGUGUCGUCGCAGGACCCUCGCACCAAAGCCGGUCUCUACUGGGGCUACACAGUCCGACUGGCCUCCUGCCUCAGUGCUGUGUUUGCUGAGGCCCCCUUCCAAGACGGGUAUGACCUGACCAUUGGGACAUCGGAGAGAGGCUCGGAUGUGACCUCCGCCCAGCUUCCCAGCUUCAGGCAUGCUCUCGUGGUGUUCGGGGGCCUCCAGGGGCUGGAAGCUGGAGUGGAGGCUGACCCCAACCUAGAGGUGGCUGAACCCAGUGUCCUCUUCGAUCUGUAUGUCAACACCUGUCCUAGCCAGGGCAGCCGCACCAUCCGCACUGAGGAGGCCAUCCUCAUCUCCCUGGCCGCCCUGCAGCCUGGCCUCACCCAGGCGGGUGCCCGGCCCAGCUGAAGGUGCUCUCAGGCAGAAGACAGGCAAAGCAAGCAGGAGGGAAGCCGUAGCUCCUGAGGGUCCCCUGGGACAGACACAACCAGGACUUCUGUCUUCAAAAAUCACCACCUUUAAUGUGGCCCAGCGGCCCCAGUCUGG